AUGGCUCCUAUUGGCAGAUAUGACGGAAACGGCUUCCAGAAUCGUUAUGGCACACCUUCGCACUCAGUCACUGACACCCACGUCGAUGCAAAUGACGAAUCGGGGAUCAGCCAGCACGGGCUCAGCCGUUGUAUAUCCAAGCCCUUGAUCAAUAAGUGUUGUGGAGUCGUGGUCCCAUUCAAGUCAAUAACGAACAGGCCUUGGAAUGUCACAUUCGUUGAUAAGGUAGCAAUGCUUCAGGAUUGCAAUGAGACAGAAUUUCCCGGCUACAGUUGCCUCCAAGUAACGUUCUCAAAACUUUGA